UGGCAGCUUCAAGAAUCUAAUCUCGAGUUGCUAUAAAUAAUAGUUAUAGUUGCGGAGAAAUAGAAACUACUACGUUCUUAUUCUGCGGGUACAGAAAAACUUCUUUAGAAAUGGCAGCCGGCAGAGCGAAGACAAUUCUCCAAAGCCAAGCCCUGCUAAAGUACAUUCUCGAAACAAGUGCUUACCCCAGAGAGCCCGAGCAUUUGAAGGAACUAAGGGAGGCCACGACGAAGAGAUACUCAUAUCUGAGUUUGAUGAAUGUGCCUGUCGAUGAAGGUCUAUUCCUCUCGAUGCUUCUUAAGAUAAUGAACGCCAAGAAGACAUUAGAGAUUGGAGUCUUCACUGGUUAUUCUCUUCUCAGUACUGCUCUAGCUCUACCUGCUGAUGGCAAGAUAGUAGCUGUUGAUCCAAACAGGAAAGCAUAUGAGGUUGGAUUGCCAUUUAUUCAGAAGGCUGGAGUGGAGCACAAGAUUAACUUCAUCCAAUCAGACGCCUCAUCGGUUCUAAAUGAUCUAAUUACCACCCAGGGCAAAGACGAAGGGAGCUUUGAUUUUGCAUUUGUGGAUGCCAACAAGGACGGGUACCUCAAGUAUCACGAGCCGCUUCUUAAACUGGUUAAGAUCGGUGGAGUAAUUGCGUACGAUAAUACCUUAUGGUUUGGGACAGUGAUCUUGUCUGAUGAUGAUGAGAUGGAAGACUUUUUGAGGAAAGACAGAGAACAUAUUGUGGAGUUUAACAACUUUCUAGCAGUUGAUCCUCGUAUCGAAGCAUCUCUCAUUUCGAUCGGUGAUGGCCUUACUCUCUGCAGGCGUCUUUAUUAGAGAAAUCAUCAUCAAAUUCUAAGUUUUCGUUGCUCAAUAAUCGGAUUGUACCAUGCAAAUAUGGUUCAAUUUUCAAGUAUGAAGAGAAUAAUGCUGCUACUUUAAUCGUAUUUUCUAAAACACAUUGUCAGUUUCAAAAAAAAACACAUGGUCAAUUAUAUAUGCAAUUGGUUAAGCACGAUAAUCUUAUAGUUCUUGCAUGCUCCUGUUUAUAGGUAAACAUAGACCAAAUUACUCAUGAUCUGCUCCCAUAUGAGACAAGAUUUCAUGCAUAGAAAUUAAUAUCUGUUCUACAAAAAGAAAUAUGAACAAAAUAUUUUAACAA